AUGAUUGAGUGUAAAAGAAUAUGCGUCAAUCAUGGUAUUAAAGCAAUAUGCGUUCUUGAAAAUUAUUUAAUAGGAAUUUCAUUUGGAAAUGUCAUAAAAAUAGUAAAUGUGAUAACUACAAAUAUACUACUAGAAUAUGUUGUUUCAUCGAGCAGUAAUAUAUAUGGCUUGGUUUACAAAAGGAUAUAUGAAAACAAAGGCAUAUUAGUAGCACAUGGAGUACAUAAAAUUUAUUUCUACAUUUUAACUGUUGUACAUAUUAACAAAUGCCACCUAAAAUUACUAUCAAAAUAUUGUACAAAUAAAUGGAUAUUAACAGUUCGAUUUCUGCAAUGUGAUAAGGAAAGCUGUGGGUUCCCACUAUACGAUAAGAGGAGAAGACUGAAUGGAGGAAACAAACCAAACCUGCGUAACAGUAAACAAAGUGCUAUCGUUCUUUGCCUCAGUAAUGGAAGUGUUCUACUCGUGAACAUAUACAAAGGUAUCAGCCUGUGCAAAUAUAAAUUUAAGGGCAUACAUUUGCUAUAUAGUGCCGAUAUAUAUAUAAAAGCAAACAGAAGUGUCUAUAGAAUUGACGUGGCUGGUGGUACCCCUUUCAACAAAAUACUGUUAUGGAGCUUCAAAAUAAAAAAAAAUAAAAUAGUGCAAUUAUGGGAUAAGAAUGAGAAGAAAACGCAGAAGCAGAAGACGCACGAGCGUAAGGAGAAGAAAGAAAACGUUUCAUUAAAAUGUAUUCAAGAAUUAAGCGGCCAUAGGGGAAUCAUAUUUAAGGUAAAGUUUUUUAGAAAAGGCAAGUACAUAGGGUCCGUAUCUGACGACAGAGAGGGCAGAAUUUGGCUUAGGGCGAGGAAAGAAAAAGGACAUAAAAAAAGGAAGAAAAUAAGAGAAGAACAAAAUAGUCAAAAGGAAAUAUAUUCCCUUAAAAGAAAACUCACUCCAAACAUUACAAAAAAGAAAAAAAAAAAAAAAUUUCUUCUGCCUUACUAUCAGAAUUACAAAAUAUUAGGAGGACAUGGUGCCAGGAUAUGGGAUCUUGACAUGGGUACAUUAAACAGAAAAACAUUUUUUAUAACGUGUAGUGAAGAUUCAUCUUGUCAUGUGUACAGCAAAAAACAUUUAAAAGGAUACUUAAAAUUUUGUAAUGAUAAUGGAAGCACAGUUAGAUGUAUAUGCUUCCAUGAAAAGCUGGGCUUGAUCAUAUCCGGCACGGACAAUGGUACCGUGCAUAUAAGAUCAAUGGCGACAUAUAUUCUAAAUGAUCUAAAAAUGGAUCCAAGAGAAAUGAGUCAGGCGAAUAUGCUCGCGGAGCGGUUGAAUGGAGAAGUAGGUACAGAAGUAGGUGCAGACGUAGGUGCAGAAGUAGAUGCAGACGUAGGUGCAGAAGUAGGUGCAGACGUAGGUGCAGAAGUAGAUGCAGACGUAGGUGCAGAAGUAGGUGCAGACGUAGGUGCAGACGUAGGUGCAGAAGUAGGUGCAGACGUAGGUGAAGACGUAGGUGCAGACGUAGGUUUAGAAGUAGGUGAAGACUUAGGUGAAGACGUAGGUGCAGACGUAGGUUUAGAAGUAGGUGAAGACGUAGGUGAAGACGUAGGUGUAGAUAUAGGUGUUGACGUAGGUGUAGAAGUAGGUGAAGAAGUAGGUGCAGACGUAGGUUUAGAAGUAGGUGAAGACUUAGGUGAAGACGUAGGUGCAGACGUAGGUUUAGAAGUAGGUGAAGACGUAGGUGAAGACGUAGGUGCAGACGUAGGUUUAGAAGUAGGUGAAGACGUAGGUGAAGACGUAGGUGUAGAUAUAGGUGAAGACGUAGGUGCAGACGUAGGCACCAAAACAGGCGUACGAAUCAACUGCGAAUGGGGAAAUAUGAUUGCCCAUUUGCCUGCACAUGAAAUCCAGAAAAAUGAAAAACGUUUAGGUGACACCAUUUGUCCUUUUUUUCAAAAUGUGAAUAGCAAGUACUACUACAAUACAGAGGCUAAAAAUGUAAAUUCACGAGAAGAUCUUUUGAGUUUCCAAAUUGACGAUUUUAAUGAAAUUUUGAAAAAAAAUAAUGAUUGGAUCAGGUCAAUUUAUCAUAUAAAUAUUUAUGACAUACUCAUUAGUUCCAAUUUUGGGUGUCUAUAUAUUUUAAAAGCAAAAAAUAAGAAGAAAGUAAGUGUACAAUUAAUAUAUGAAGAAAAAAAAAAAAAUUAUUUACUAACCUGUUUAACAUUUUACGGGUUAAAUUACAUUUGCUUGGGUUUUAGUAACGGUUUUUGUUGUUUUAUUUUCUUAAAAAAAAAUGAAAAAUUGGAAGAGAAUGAAUCUAAGUUAGCUAAAGGAGAAAGAAGAGAAAAAUUAGCUUAUUUUAAAUGUUUUUCACAUCGUAUAAGUGAAAUGUGUUUGAUACCACUACCUUCUGUAAGUCUAGACAAAUUAUGCUUCCCAAGGAGGUACAAAAAUGUAGAGUAUGUUUUGUACGCGUCCGUAAAGAAGGAUAACUCGGAUCGAACCUCGUGUCGUACUGGUAGUAGUAGCUCCAAUGGUAGUAGCAUCAGUGGUAGUAGCAUCAGCGGUAGUAGUGGGAACAUCCCCUCUGAGGACAUGUUUCGUCAAGUUGUGUAUAACCACGAAAGAGAAUGGGACCCAGGUCAUAGCGCAGAUCCUAGCAAUAGAGACCACCCUAGUUGUAAAGGCGACCAACUUGGUGCUCUUCCAAGUGAGCCUCAUUCCCCAGUGCACAAUUUUAUCCUGUGUAAUUUCGACCACACGGGAAGUGUAAAACUAUUCAGCGUCGAGGAUACGAAGGGAGACAUAAGGAUAAGCAAUGUUGUAUAUACUUAUAUAGAUGUUAAGAAUAAAAAGUCGAAAAUCAUAUCAGUUAAUUAUGUGAUGAGGCAAAAAAAAAAAAAAAUUGGUAUUUUACUAUUUAUUGGAGAUGAAUAUGGCUGUAUAUUUGUCCUCUACAUAACUAUCCCCAUUUUGAUAAAAUUAAAUGAAGUUGUUUACAAUUUUCAAAAAUCGAUAGUAAAAAGUAAAGAUAAAUUACGAGUACAUAGUAAUAGAAAAGUAUUUGACAUAAAAAUUAUUGAUGGAUAUAUAUACUCCUGUGGACAAAAUGGGCACAUAGUCAAAUAUCAGUUAUAUAAGGAUACCAAUCAUGUAUAUACUUUAUAUAAAUUAUGUACAAUUAAAAUGUCGUACUACUCAUCUAUAUAUAAAUUACUCCCAUUGUAUGUACAUGCAGAGGGUAUUAUACAGAGAAAAAAUUUCAUACAACAAGUUAAAAACAAUGAUGUCAAUAAAAAGGAGGACUAUCCUAAUAACAGGGGUAGAUCCAUUUUUAGUAAAAAUAAUACCAUUGGUAGUGAUGUAAACAUAAUUACGCAAGAUAAUAAUCAUUAUUAUUCCAAUGAAAAAGAAAAUUUACACAAUAUUUAUAUCUGCUGUUUUAAGGAAAAAAAGUUUGUUCUCUACGAUUUAAAAAACAAAACAGAAUAUUUAUCAGUCUAUUGUGGUGGUUUUAGGAGACCACUCAGUAUUUUCAUGAAGCCUGACUCUAAUUUUAUUAAAACAUUUUCACUUUGUUUUUGUAAGGAAAAAAAUAUAUAUAUGCAUUUUAAAAAAUUAAAUAGCACUACAAAUACCAUUGUACCGUAUGAACAAAUAUAUAUGAACUCAGGCUUUCAUGUUAAAAAUGUUUCCUACGUUUUGUGGAUGAACAAAAAUUAUUUAUGCACAUGUUCAGAGGACGGUAUGAUAAAGGUCAUCCAGCUAAGCAGAAAAAUUACGAAUAUGUCUAACAUUGUACAGGCUUCUAACCAUUUUGGAGACGGAAAUGCGCAGAUUGAUAGAGGUCCUCCGAUUGUUGCGCCCGGGGUAUCCACACCCUCGAAUGGAAGGGGUAGUACCCACCAAAGUACUUCCAAUAGUAUAAAAGGAAAGGAGGGAAUACCCCACUCCAAAGUUCUCCCAGCUAUGGUUGGGAAGAGAAACUGUCAGACGAAAUUGUCACAUAGGAAAGAAACAAAAAGUGAGAGAGAAAAGAACAGAAACGGAAUUACUGUUCUGAAUCAUAAAAUGGCAGUUAUCCAAAAUAUUUAUAAUCACAACGAGCCAAUUUUUUAUAUAUGUUUUUUGAAAAACCCUUUUUAUUAUUCUAAAAAAUUAAAAUUUAUAGUCAGUGUAGGGGCAAAGAACUCGGUUCAUGUAUUUUACAUGUUCACUGAUAUUAAGAACGUUCCAGUUAUAUACCAUUUAGAAAAAUUAAAAACUAAGCUCUUCUUAACUAAUAAUACUAGAUUUUUAUGUGUUCAAGGGAUAUAUAAAAUACUCUCGAAUAUUACAAAUAAAUAUAUUAUUGUUGUACACCUAUUUAUUGGUACCUCUAUUGGUUAUAUAAUUCAUUAUUCAGCAGUAUAUCAACUUGCAAUACAUAAAAAUAUUGUUAUUUCGAAAAUUUUAAAACCUGCUUACUUAGUUGCUUCUUAUAAUCUAAGAAGCACGAUUCUUUGUAUAAAUUUAAGCCACAUUUAUAUGAACAUUGAGUCAUUAUAUUCUUGUAAUGAUAAAUUGAAUGAACAACUGGAGGGUAGCUUCUCCUUCAAAACAUCAACAAAUGGUUACUUCAAAGCGUUAGAUUCAGAUGCUUCUUUUGAAAAAAUUAAAAAUAGAUACUAUAAUGUAGAGGAUGAAUUAGUGAUUAAUGAAGGACUUAACCAUCUACCGAUGAGGUGGACUGGAAGCUUUCCUGAUGAGUUUCCCAUUCUAGCAAAAGAGAAUUUAGGACAGGGAGGAAAUGAAACUGAAAAAUUGAUUACGCUAACUGAGGCAAAGAAAGAAGAACAGACAGAAAGCAAAAGCUCCCCUGGUCCCCUAAGGGAGCUAAGCUAUCAUUACUUUGUGUAUAAGAAAAAAAUAAAAGAUCAAUAUGCACAAAAUAUACUAUGUUGCGGUCUAAAUAAUGGCAAAGUAAACUUUUAUCAUGUUAUGACAAAUUUAUCCUUGUUGAAAAUUGUACAGAUUCACCAAAGUGGUAUAAAUCAUAUAUGUGUUAAAAAAAAAAAAAAAAAAAAUUUGCUACAGAUUUUUAGCUGCGGGGAUGAUCAGUCAAUAAAUAUACUAGUUAUGAAUAUUGUGUGCAAUACAAAUAAUACGAGUCAUGACUGUGGUCAGAGCAACAUUACACUUAUAAUGAUGCAAAACACAAACUUUUCUAACGCACAUUUGUCUUCUAUUAGAUCCAUGGUUCUUUUCUCUAAUUUUUUGCUAAGCGUAUCGUGGGAUCAGUAUAUUUACGUGUGGGAAAUCAAAAGAGAGGAAAAUUGGGGAAAAACUAAGGGCGAACAUAUGGGCAAAAAUAAGCGCCUAAAUGAACGUGAUAAUAGAAAUAAAAAUAGAUGCAAAUAUAGAUGUAAAAGUAGUUAUAAAAACAUCGUAAUACAGAAAAGGAAGCAGGUAAAAAUAGCCGUGUAUGAUGUUUCUUGUUUAAACGCUUUUGUAAUUAAAAAGAAAGAAAAAAUGCAACAUUUUACAAAGAGUAACUGUGUGCAGGAUACUCAAGUUAUUCAAAAAACAAAGAAUGACUUUAUAGAUGGUAUUUUUAAAAGAAAAAGAUCCCUUUAUUUUAACGUGUAUUUGUCCGUUGCAGGGACGAAUGGAAGUUUAGAGCUCUUCUAUUUAAAAAAUGUUAAGUAG